UAGCUGUCAAAAUCAGUGCGUUCAAAUAAUGCACCGUGACAUGUCAUCAGCUGCUUGCUUGCAUUUAUGAAAAAUAGGCUUAUUUGUAUAAAAGACAAUCGAUUUGGCCGAUUCAGACGUGUGUUUUGAUCAUUCGGAAAUAUCAGUGCUGAAAGUGUACUUUGUUUUUCGGCAGAGUGGAUGUGUUCUAGUAUGCAGAAUGCUGCGGUAAUUGGUGACGGUGUCCUGUGCAUUACACGCAGCGGGACGCGAUGAAAUGGGUGAGAAUCGCUGUUAUAAGUUAUAAAUCGGGUUGAGAGUGAAAAUGGACUACAGACGCAAGAGAAGACUGACAUUCUUCACUAUAGGACUGAUCUUCUUACUGAGUGGGAUUGAGUAUGCUGUGAUUUUGCCCACAAUAUGGAGGUAUCUACAAACACUACAUGCUGCACCGUACUUCCUUGGUCUCAGCCUAUCAGCAUUCAGCUUUAGCGGUCUUCUCGCUGGUCCUUUGUUUGGCCACUGGUCAGAUCGGACGCGCACCACCAAAAAGAUCAUCCUGUUUGCCAAUCUCUUUGAGAUUGUUGGUAAUUUCAUGUAUUUUAUGGGAUACUCAAAAUGGUUAUUGCUCGGCAGUCGUCUGGUUGCAGGCAUUGGUACUGGAGCUGGUUCAUCUAUCUUUGGCUUCUUGACAAGAAAUACUGCGCCUGAAGAUCGCUCCACCGUUUUUGCUGCUGUUAUGGCCUGCCGUCAAGCAGGACUGCUCAUCGGUCCUGCAUUUAAUAUCUUUCUCAGACUCUGUAACUUUGAGUUGGGACCUUUCAUGGCGAAUAAAUACACGUCUCCAGGGCUCUUCAUGUGCCUGCUGUGGAUCCUCCUGCAGUUCACUGUGAUGUUCAUGUACUGGGACAUCACUCCUCAAGAUGACAGACAUCAGAGGAACAGGGUGGUACAGGUAGAGGUGGAGCGUGAAGAGGAAGAGGAAGAGGAGGACGAAGAGGGUAAACCAUUGGUUGGGCCUCAUGAACUCACUGGGUCAUAUGGUACAGUCACCAGUGUCCACUCCAGAGCUUCUUCAAUGCCCAAUGGUGACGUGACUCACAUUUCUUCUCCACCCUCACCUUCUGAAGACAUCAGCUCCAGUCCCUUCAAGAACUUCAGUGCUAGCAGAGAGUUCCUCAGAGAGGAGGUGGUUGUCCUUUUGGCAGCUCAGUUCAUCACACUGUUUAAUCAGACUGCCCUGGAGACUAUGGUGACUCCACUAACACAGAAGUUCUUUAACUUUGGUGAGUUGGAGAACAGUAUCAUGUACUGUGUGUGUGGUGUGGAGGUGAUCGCUGGUUUUUUCUUUGUACGUUGGCUGAGCAAGCGUGUGGCGGAGCGAGUAGUGCUGGCCGUUGGACUCAUCCUCUGCAAUACCUCAUGUGUCUGGUGCCUAAUAUUUCUGGCCAAUCCACAGGGUGGAUUUGCAUGGCAGCUGGCGGAGUUCAUCAUUGGGGUUUUCCUUCAGGUCCUGGGCCUCCCUUUUGUGGCGGUCGCUCAGGUGUCUCUGUUCUCAAAAAUAACAUCGGAGAAGACACAAGGAUUCAGCCAGGGAAUUCGUCGUUCUGUUGGAGGUCUGGCCACCAUUCUCGGGCCUCUCUGGGCGGGCGGGUUGACCUCUAACCUGUAUGUGAUGCUGGGGGUGAUGAUGGGUCUACUUGCACUGCUUACUGUCAUGAUGGUGGUCUCUUAUGAGCGUCUGGUGGAACCCGCUACAAUAGACAAUCCAACAGGCUCGGAAUCUGAGGAAUGACAUGAGGUUUGAUGUGAUCUAGAAUGUGCCAUUGACAGUGCUUCCACCAGACUACAACCAGUGAUUUUGAACUGCAGAUUUACCAUGUGACACUGAAUGGAGACUUAAUAUCAAGCGUAAUUCAGCUAGACUACCUUGCCUAAACGACAAAAGGAAACAAAGCGAAAAAGAAGGUAAUGUCUUCUUUGAUCAUAAAAAAGACUGGUCAAUUUGAAUAAAUGUACAUUUCUACUACAUUUCCUGUGGGAAUUCCUGUAGAUCAUACAUUUUAUGAGUGAUUACUGAUAUAAUAAGCCACAUUGAGAGGAAAAUUCCAUUCAUGUGUGCCAUGAUGUUUAUAUGUUACUAAGAGAAUAAUAAAAUAAGCUAAGUUCGUCAACUAUAAAUGUGUUCUAUUAUGCUGAUUAGUUAAUUAAUAAAACAGAAGAUGAUUACUGAUGCGUAUUUCAAACAAUGAACUUCAUAUGGGUCAUUCUUAGGACAAGUUUCAGGAAUUUCUUGUUUUUAAUAAUUUCAUGAAAAGUUAACUGAUGAACUUUCAUCAGAUCAUCUUUUCCAACCUCGGGCACAAAAUACCAGGGCAGUAGUUACCAUACAGACAUUGGGAAACCACUGUUUGUGGUCAACAAAUAUGGGUUUCCCAAUGGCAGAUUCUUUACACUAUGACUACCAAUCCUAAACAUGUGGGAAUAACCUUGCAAACUACACAUUAUUUAUCAUUACAAACCUUAAGCCUAACCCUAAAGAGUAUAUAUUCUUAUUCGUUGUGUAAAGAAUAUUUCUGUAAAAAAACGUUUUUUUUUUUUUUUUUUUUUCCAUAACAGAGCUAAACUAUUGGCAAAUAUACACUGGUGGCCAAAAGUUUUUAAUAAUAUACAGAUUUUGCCCUGAGCCUUCUCUUUACUGUUGUACAUGAAACUGGUGUUGAGCGGGUAGAAUUCAAUGAAGCUGUCAGCUGAGGACAUGUGAGGUGUCUAUUUCUCAAACUAGAGAGUCUGAUGUACUUAUCCUCUUGUUUAGUUGUACAUCUGGCCUUCCACAUCUCUUUCUGUCCUUGUUAGAGUCAGUUGUCCUUUGCCUUUGAAGACUGUAGUGUACACCUUUGUAUGAAAUCUUCAGUUUUUUGGCAGUUUCAAGCAUUGUAUAGCCUUCAUUCCUCAAAACAAUGAUUGACUGAGUUUCUAGAGAAAGCUGUUUCUUUUCUUGCCAUUUUUGACCUAAUAUUGACAUUAAGACAUGCCAGUCUAUUGUAUACUGUGGCAACUCAAAAACAAACUCAAAGACAAUGUUAAGCUUCAUUUUAGGAACCAAAUAGCUUUCAACUGUGUUUGAUAUAAUGGCAUGUGAUUUUCUAGUACCAAAUUAGCAAUUUAGCAUGAUUACUCAAGGAUAAGGUGUUGGAGUGAUGGCUGCUGGAAAUGGGGCCUGUCUAGAUUUGAUCAAAAAUGACUUUUUUCAAAUAGUGAUGGUGCUGUUUUUUACAUCAGUAAUGUCUUGACUAUACUUUGUGAUCAGUUGAAU